UGGCGGUUAAGGCGGAGGCGGGGCUGAGGGAAGCGAGUUUCUCGGUGCCCCUUGACUCGGGCCACCCAGCCUGCGAGACCGGAGCCGGUGGCGCUUCUCUAGGUUGCCACCUCUCGCGUUCCAUUCAUGAUGGUCGGUUGCGGGGUUGGAAAACAGUGUGGCCGGUUCCAUGGAACAAAGGAGUGUGCCACGGCGGCCUUCGGGACAGCAGCAGAACGCUCCCUAAGAUGGCCGCCGCCGCGCGGGGGUGGGGUGGGCGGAACUCACGUUGCUUCCGUCGCGGGCCUGGGCGGGGCGAUGGAGAGGACUGGUACCCAUGGCUGCUGCCCCGGAACCCCACGAGACGGAGAAAAAGACCUUCAAGCUCCUAGGUAUUUUAGAUGUCGAGAACACUCCAUGUGCUCGAGAAUCUAUACUCUAUGGCUCAUUAGGAUCUAUUGUGACUGGACUUGGGCAUUUUUUGGUGACCAGUAGAAUUAGAAGAUCAUGUGAUGUUGGAGUAGGAGGAUUUAUCCUGGUGACCUUAGGAUACUGGUUCCACUGUAGAUAUAAUUUUGCUAAGCAAAGGAUCCAGGAAAGAAUUGCCAGAGAAGGAAUAAAAAAUAAGAUUUUAUAUGAAAGCACCCACCUUGACCCUGAAAGAAGAAUGAAGACCAACAACAGCAGCUAAGCAACCUCAAUCAGCUUUAGGACCCAAACAACUUGUGAACCAACCAUAAAUUAAAAAUCUCAUGUGUGAACUGUA